UUCCUCUUGAAUUGGCGCAAGGCAGUGAUGAGAAAUUAUACGUCAAUAACAACCUUUAUCCUGUUGGGGUUGACAGAUGAUCCAAAUCUACAAGUUCUGCUUUUUGUAUUUUUGUUUCUCACCUACAUGCUGAGUGUGACUGGAAACAUUACCAUUAUCACCCUCACAUUUUUGGAUUCCCAUCUGAAAACUCCCAUGUAUUUUUUCCUCCGCAACUUCUCUUUCUUAGAAGUCUCAUUCACCACCGUUUGUAUUCCUAGAUUUCUGUAUACAAUGACAACAGGAGAUAAUACCAUCACCUAUAAUGCCUGUGCCACUCAGUUAUUUUUUGUUGUCCUCUUUGGAGCAACAGAAUUUUUCCUCCUUGCUGCCAUGUCCUAUGACCGCUAUGUAGCCAUUUGCAAGCCCCUGCAUUACAUGACCAUCAUGAACAACAGAGUAUGUAGCACCCUCGUCUUCUGUUGUUGGUGUGCUGGCUUGCUGAUCAUCCUCCCACCUCUUGCAAUGGGCCUCCAGCUGGAAUUCUGUGACUCCAACCUAAUAGAUCACUUUGGCUGCGAUGCAUCUCCUAUUUUACAGAUAACCUGCUCAGACACAAUACAAAUAGAGAAAAUCGUUUUGAGUUUUGCGGUGCUCACGCUCAUUAUUACCUUACUGUGUGUAGUCCUUUCCUACACAUACAUCAUCAAGACCAUUCUAAGAUUCCCUUCUGCCCAGCAAAGGAAAAAAGCCUUUUCCACCUGCUCUUCCCACAUGAUUGUGGUCUCCAUCACCUAUGGCAGCUGCAUCUUCAUCUACAUCAAACCUUCAGCAAAGGAAGGAGUGGCUAUUAAUAAAGUGGUGUCUGUACUCACUACUUCAGUUGCCCCUUUACUUAACCCUUUCAUCUAUACACUUCGAAACAAACAAGUGAAAGAUGCCUUCAAAGACACAGUAAAACGGAUUCUAUUUCUCACUAAGAAGUAAAUGUCUAUGGGUGCUUUCCUGAAGCUAAGUUAAACUCAAUUUAAAAAUAAUAAUACAGAAAUGACAUUCAUGGCCUUGCCAAAAUAAAUAUUUUCCUCCUA